AUGGUAACGACGCUCGGCCUGAAGAUGGCGGCCGAGCUGGGUAGAAAAGCGGGCUCCUCGGAUUCAGGCCUGGGCCCGAGCCGGUGGCACUGGAGCGGUCCUUUGUGGGUCCGAGGCGUUUUACUUCUUUUAGGUGGGCUCCGGGCAAGCACCGCAUCUAUUCCUGUCUCCUUGCGCAGUUCUCCUCCAUGCCGGCACCAUGUCCCCUCUGACUCUGAGGUCAUAAAUAAGGUCCAUCUUAAAAAUCACGUUGUAAAGAGAGAUGUUAAUGAACAUUUAAGAAUUAAGAUUAUCUACGAUAAAAGUAUUGAAGAGUUGCUCCCUGAGAAAAGACACCUUGUAAAGAACAAACUUUUCCCACAAGCGGUUUCUUAUUUAGAGAAGACUUUCCAGGUUCGUAGACCUGCGGGCACUAUAUUACUUAGUAGACAAUGUGCAACAAACCAGUACCAAUACCUACGGAAGGAAAAUGAUCACCAUAGAUGCUGUACUGAGGAAUGUGCAGAGCAUACAAAAUGCGGUCCCAUUAUAGUGCCCGAGGAGCACCUCCAGCAAUGCAGAGUCUGUUGUGGCGGUAAGUGGCCCUGUGGAGCAGUGGGUGUGCCAGACCAAGAGGGAGUCCGGGAUGCAGACUUUGUUCUUUAUGUUGGUGCUCUGGCCACUGAGAGGUGCAGCCUUGAAAACAUCAUCUCUUAUGCAGCCUAUUGUCAGCAGGAAGCAAAAAUGGACAGGCCAAUAGCAGGAUAUGCUAACCUGUGUCCAAAUAUGAUCUCUACCCAGCCUCAGGAGUUUGUUGGGAUGCUGUCCACAGUGAAACAUGAGAUUAUUCAUGCGCUGGGUUUCUCUGCUGGGCUAUUUGCAUUCUACCACGAUAAAGAUGGAAAUCCUUUAACUUCAAGAUUUGCAGAUGGUCUCCCACCUUUUAACUAUAGUCUUGGAUUAUAUCAGUGGAGUGAUAAAGUAGUUCGAAAAGUGGAGAGAUUAUGGGACAUUCGUGAUAAUAAGAGAGUUCCUCACACUGUUAAUCUUCUAGUAACACCUCGUGUUGUUGAUGAAGCACGGAAACACUUUAACUGUCCAGUUCUUGAGGGAAUGGAACUUGAAAAUCAAGGUGGCAUGGGCACUGAGCUCAACCAUUGGGAAAAGCGCUUAUUAGAGAAUGAAGCAAUGACUGGUUCUCAUACCCAGAACCGAGUCCUCUCUCGCAUCACUCUGGCGUUAAUGGAGGACACUGGCUGGUAUAAAGCUAAUUACAGCAUGGCUGAGAAAUUAGACUGGGGCCGAGGAAUGGGCUGUGACUUUGUCAGGAGGAGCUGUAAAUUCUGGAUUGAUCAGCAGAGACAAAAGAGACAGAUGCUGAACCCUUACUGUAACACACUCAGAAGUAAUCCAUUGCAGUUAACUUGCAGACAGGACCAGAGAGCAGUUGCAGUGUGCAAUUUGCAGAAGUUUCCAAAACCUUUACCUCAGGAAUACCAGUACUUUGAUGAACUCACUGGAGUACCUGCAGAAGAUCUGCCUUAUUAUGGGGGUUCAGUAGAAAUUGCUGACUACUGCCCUUUCAGUCAGGAAUUCAGUUGGCACUUAAGUGGUGAAUAUCAGCGCAGCUCAGAUUGUAGAGUACUGGAAAAUCAACCAGACCUUUUUAAAAACUAUGGUGCUGAAAAGUAUGGGCCUCAUUCAGUUUGUCUAAUUCAGAAAUCAGCAUUUGUCAUGGAAAAAUGUGAAAGGAAGCUGAGUUACCCGGACUGGGGGAGUGGAUGCUAUCAGGUUUCUUGUUCUCCAGAAGGUCUGAAGGUUUGGGUUCAGGAUACUUCAUAUUUGUGUAGUCGGGCCGGGCAGGUCCUCCCCGUGAGUAUUCAGAUGAAUGGGUGGAUUCACGAUGGAAACCUGCUCUGCCCAUCAUGUUGGGACUUCUGUGAGCUCUGUCCUCCAGAAACAGAUCCUCCAGCUGUUAACCUGACUCGAGCACUACCCCUGGAUCUCUGUUCCCGUUCCUCUAGCCUGGUGGUCACCCUCUGGCUUCUGCUAGGCAAUCUGUUUCCUCUGCUGGCUGGAUUUCUUCUGUGCGUAUGGCAUUAGGAAUGGAAAAGUGAAUUCUAAAGACAUUCCUUUGUGUCAUGUUCCUCUGAACAAAGCACAAAAAUCUGGGUGAGUGCCAGCCUGUGUGGAUGGUGGAAGUGGCAUUCCUGACUUUGGCUUGGAAGUGUUGACCACAAUCAGAUCCUGAAGCAGAGCUUCACAGCAGUCACUCCUCAUCAGCAACCCAGCAGCCUCAAAGUUUGGAGGAGAAGAAUUUCCAAGUCUCUUUAAAUUUCAGGAUACAUAACCUUCUUGAAGUUUUCCUUUGAAAGUGGGAUAAAAGGUGAAGAUUUCAGUGAUUACAUACCUCAGCAUUUCCAUUAACCUAAAACAAUGGGAAAGUUCAUCUCUGCUGCAAUAAUUUAAAGAACAGCUAAUCGUUGCAAGAUUAUAAGUUGUAGACCCUGUCCUCAAAAGUAUAAAUUGUCCUUUGACUUACAGAAAAUAAUGAUUUCUACAUCAACUAUUAUACCUAUUUUAAAUGACUGUACAUCGUAUACCUAAAUCAUUGUUCUAAUGAGUUUGGUUUUUUUUAAUUUUUGUUUUGCUAAAUCUUAUGAUUUAACCUUUUUCAAACCAGCUGUGUGGCAGUUUCCUGCUGAACCACUAUGUGUUGGUAGCCCUCUUCUAGCUGUAUCCAUACUCACUGAUCUUCAGAGAGUGGCUUCCAGUUGUAUUCUCCAGUAGUUUAAUAAUGACUUGAAAAACUGGGAAGCAGAGGGAGAAAAUAUUCUGCCCUGUGAAUCAUUGAAGACAUGCAAAUUGAAGAAAACCUAAUUGUAUGUUUUUCAGAUAAUAGUUAUGACAACUGCUAUCCAACAAGAAUAGAACUUUCCUUUUGACAAAUGAAGAUAAAAAGAAAUUCUGGUAUAGAAAGGGAUGCAGUUAUUUUUAGGUCAGCAUAGAAACUGUUACAGAAGAAUUUGUACUAUUUGAAAAUUAUUUUAUGUAUAAGAAGAAAAAGAUAUAAGUCAAAACAAGAUGGUCUGAAUUGCUUACUAAUAGUAAAGUGUAGGUUUGGUGUAGAGCCUAUCCAGUAGGGUCCACUUUACCACAAAGCGUAUGACUUAGUCCAUAGAAAUCAGAAGAUUGCCUUUGUAAUGUCCUUUACCUCUUAUAUUUGACACUCUUUAUGUUACGUGUUGAUUCUGGUUCCCAGAAGCAAUUCUCCUGUGAUACCAGAGCUGCCCAACCCUACUUAGUAAUCCCAAUGUGAAAUUCUUUAAUAAUGAAUGAUGUCCAGUUUUUCGGAAAAAAAAAAAAAAAAAAGAAACUUCAUUAGCUCUAAAGCUAUGAAGUCCUGUGGCAUUAUAAACGUAGCCCUUGAACAAACAUUAAUUCAUUAAUUGGUUGGCCCUUUAAUUCAGCACACAGUUAUCAAGCAUUCAGUUUAAGAAAUUGUGCUAAGUGAACAAACAGCGUAAUUACUAAGAAAUAAUUCCAACCUACUAUUUGGCACUAGAGUCAAACAGCAACUCCAGCAUAAAGGAAAGUCACCUCUUUUUUUUUUAAAUGCGUACAUUUAAAAUACUUACCUGCCUACAAUUUUAAAUUGGAGGUUUUUGUCUUUGUGAAAUGCUGGGAGUCUCUAGCAUCGCCAACCUGAACUGAAGAAAAGCUAAUAAUAAUGGUGUUUCUGCCUUUGUCUUGCAUACUUUAAAUCAUGCAAAUCAGAAAAAUGUAGAGUAUAUUUUUAAAGAAAGCUAUAAAUCUAAGCAUAUAUACCUAAUGUGAUUAUGAAUCAUUGCAAAGUUAUAUAAAGAAUUUUACCAAAAAUAAUACAGAUUAAUAAUAUAUUUGAGACUCACAGUGAUAGGUUCAGUUAUAUUUUGACUGUUGUGCAGUAAUCCCAUUUAGGUAGUAUUGUUUCUGAGCAUGGUGCUUUUUAUACUUGAAAUAUAUUUUUGCUUUAUUUUUUAUUGAUAUAAUUAUAUUUGCACUAAUGAAUUUCUGAAGAUAUUAUAGAUGACAUUUUUUCUAUCUAUAUUUGUUAAGCUUGGUAUCUGGUAGCCCAGUGUUUCCUCUGCACAAAUGUAGAACCUGAUAAAGUAUAAUGUUAAGAAAUCUUGAAUUUUUGAGGGUAACUAACUGUGCUGGUGUCUUCCUUCCUCCUCAGCAAGUUUUGAAAAUGGUUGCUUGUCAGUAAUUCUGCAUAGUAUACUCAGUGAAGAUUUAGAAGGCCACUGAACCUAUAAGAAAUUUUAAGAGGCAUAGUUUAGUCACUUAGUAGAUGAUACAAUUCUAAAACAAUAUUCUAAAAACAAAAAUUUUUAAGUCUGAAAUUUCAAUGCAGAAUUAGUGGACUGUAAUUCAGCUUUGAACUGAAGAACUUGAAAUGACCUACAUGUCAGUAUCCUGUGACAGGUGAUUCCCUGUAUGUUCGCAAAAUCAGUUCACAGAGAGACUGCAACCAUGGUGGGAGGGAGGUGGGGCAGGGAAGGGGAAUGGCAGUAGCUAAUUUGAUGAUAGCAGACUGAAGUCCCUUUCUGAUUCAGAAGGAGCCAAGUGCUUAUAAAAACUGACUACCUCAGUUUUCAUUUCAGACUUAAGUUCAUUUUGAUAGUAUUAAGGUCCCAAUGUCAAAAUUAACAAGCGAAUUUAUCUCUCAGGUUUUCAAGAACAGAAUUUACAGGAAGGAAGCAAAAGCCAUGUCGUUAGACUUGAGCUGACCGCUUUAAAGAAACUGGCAAGCAGUUAGGUAGUCUUAAUAUAGAUGUCUCUGUAUUCUCCUGAAAAACAUCUUUUCCUAAAAAUGUUAUAAAUUAUGCUUAAAGUUAGUUUCAGCCUGAUAUGUUGGCUAAGAAUUUAUCAAUAUUUGAAAGUGAAACAUAAAUUAAUGAAGUUUAGAUAGUUUUAGGAAGAUACAUAAAUAAGUAUUCCAGAGUAUUCCAUAAAAUUUUAUCAAUAUUCUCUUCAAUAUUAGAAGACUCACUGAUUGAGACCGUCUGUAAAAUGACCAUAUGCUUUCUCAGAAUCUUUCCAGCUCUAAUAUUCUGUGACUGAUACUCAUGCAGAAUUGCUCGGUCACUGCUGGCUCUGGCCUGCUUCCUGGAGUAUGCCAGCUUACAUACACGUCAUGUUCGUUGCAGUGUCCUUUGCUCAGUGCCUUAGCACUGUCCUUGUCCUUGGACGCUGAAUGGAGAGAGAAGAGGGCAUCUGAGUAGUCUUGGCAGGAUGAGGUGGACUUCAGUCACAGCCCCACAGACCUGUUUCAUAGUUGGCACCUGUCAUCCGUGCCAUGUCCUUGCAGCCCAAGAGGACUAAUAUACUUUAAUAAAGUCUGUGUUACUUGUUCUGAAGAAAGAACUUACCUGAAAGGAUGACCUUUUUUUGAUACAUUUAGUCAGGGUUGGGGAGGGAGUGGUGAAUUAGUUUCUUUUUGUUUACAUUUUUAAUAAAGUAGAUUUAAGAACUAAUCUUUAUUUAUGGUAUUUAACUUUAAGUGUAAUAUAUUACCUAGAAAAAACAAAGCUUUAAUAAAAAUGGAAACUA